AUGUGCGUUUGAAAUUUGUGCUAGAUAAAAGAUUCUUCAAAAUGCCGGUAACAGGAAGACAGAUCAUACAGGCUGUUUCACAACUUACAGAAUUGGAAGAAAUGCAGAUCACAUUUAAAGAAAGUGCAAAGUGGGCCGCUAUAACCGGAGCCGCUGUUUUGACGGGAGGAAUGUUACUCGGACCUGUAGGUUUGGCCCUAGGAGGCAUUGUCGGAGGAGUUGCUGGUGCAAUUCAGGGACAAGGAAAUUUCAAAUCUGCUGCAGAAAUUAUUCUGAAUGAUUUAUCAGCUUCGGAACAAAGGCAAUUGGCUGCUCGUUUGCAAGGAUUACUUAACAAUGUGCAGAUUGAAGAUGUAGCAGUACUUGCAAUGUUUUUAACUGACAAUGAACACGUUAGAAGACAAGUAAUAAGAGUUGUCACCAAUUUUUUAACGAACGAUCUGCAAAUGAUUUUGAGCCAGUAAUUCUAACAGUCAAUUAAGAGUCAAUUAAAUAA